CUAUAAAAACCUCUUUUACUAUAAAUAGGUAUUUGAUGAAUCCUUCAAUUCUGGCAAUCAAUAAAAAAGUAUAACCGACAGACGAUUGGAAAGGCGAAUAAUAUACAUGACACUAUUAUGUCAAGAAAGCAAAAUUUUCUUAUGUGAUCUUUAUGUAAUUUUAAAUCUACUUGUCGAAAUAGAGAAAAUCUUGCGUACUCCAGAUUUUAAUUGGAAAAUGACUUAACAUUCAACAUAUUUGAUUAGCAGACCGAAUUUCAAAUCAAAAUGGAAACAAUAAAAGAAUCAGUCUCGAAAAAAGGAAAAAGACCAAAAUCCGCAACAAGAUAUCCAAAAAAAAUGCCAACAUAUGUAGUUGCCUUCUCGGUUCAGGAAUCUCGUGAUGAUCCGGCUAAGAACCCGCUCACUCCCAAAAGAAGUAGUGAGAAAUCGACGUCUAGUAUCAAAUCCCUGUCGCCGUCGGAGUCCACUAACUCAGCUAAAACUUUCACUAUUACUCCAACGGAUAAACUAUCGCAUGUCUUAAGCAUACCAACAAUUAGUGAAGUCAAGAUAGAUAUUAAGGACAGCAACCAGUAUGGAGAUGUCGACAAGUCCCCUCCAAUGAGUAGCUACAUUGUUGUAGAUAACAUCACGACUGACGAACAGCCUGAAGUCAUAUUUAAUGCACCACUACACAAAAAAUCAAGUCAAUCAAAAUCAAUCAAACUCAAAGAUGAUAACAAGUUCCCAAGGAAGAAGCCUAAGAAAAACAAACGCGUCAUCAAGUUUAAAAAUAUACAUUUCAAGUACAAAAACUCAAGACACAACAUUUCUAGACGUCUAGAGAAAUGCUAUAAAAAAAUAAAUUCUCCCAGUUCUGAGGAACUCAAAAUUUGCGGCUUAUCUAAUAUUGUUUGCAAAUCUCGAGAUCUUAAAAAAGUUUUAGCUAAAUCGAACUUAUUGGACGAAUCCGAUCGAAUUUCGUUCUACGAUGAAUAUGAAGAUGGAUCGCCAGCUUCUUCUCCUUCGACAACUAAAAAGUCUUUCGUAAGUUACACGAGCCAGAACACUCUGAUUCAAAAGAGCUCUUCAUCAUCGAGGAAUGAAGAUUUCUAUAGCAUAAAAACUGCAAACUCCGUAAUUCAAGUGGCUUCAGAGGUAAUGCCUUACAAACAUGAUGUUAUCAAUGUCGCUGUAGCUCUAGCUUUUAACCCGUCAAAACAAACUAGCAAUCCAGGUGACAGUAGUAAUAGUAAUGAAAUAUUCAUGCAUAAAGAAAAUUUAACGAGUGAUGACACAUUUUUACUUCCUUAUGUAGAUCUUACUUCCGGAACACCGUCCCAUGAUACCACAAAAGUCGUAAAACCCGACUUAGAAACAAUGAAACCUAAUACUCUAAACGAAAAUGAAAUAAGCACUGAAACACUUACUGGUUUUGAAAAAAAAUCUGUUGUGGGUAUAUGCAGUGACGACGAUACAUUUGUUAUCGCCCGGACGAGUUCUGAUUUCAAUAAAUCAAGUAUAAAUUCUGAAUUCACUAUAACUUCUACCUCUGAUUCUACGUUACACGCAGAGGUACAACCAAACUUACUCAGUCAAGACAAGUUUUCCACUGGUUUUCCUCACAGGACCACUUUGUCGGACACUGUUAGAUCUCUAGGAUUUUAUCCCGAAAUGGCACCAUCCACCAGCUAUGAUACAAACUUUAAACCAGAUAAAAACGGAGUCAUUGUAACCGAAAAUAUAAUGACUAGUUUCUCAAUAAAUCCUAAAAAUAAAGGCGAUUUACCUGCAAAUGAAAAAAACAAUUUAUCAAAGAAUGUUUUGCGUAAAAACUUUGAUGUGGAAAAGCUGGCAUGUCUUCAAAAAAAUAUUGAUUUACCUAACGAUGUUACCAUAAAAGCAAACUUAAAAGAAACCAAUAUAGGACACCAGAAGAAACAGUGUUUUGAAGACAUCAAAACUAACAAACCAACAGAUUUGGCUGAAAUGUGGGAACGGCUGACAUUAAUUUUAGAUUUGGCUGUGACAAGAUUAGAAGAAACUUUAGCUGACAAAAUUUUAAAAGAGCUAAAGAAAUCAUUAGAAGUCUUUAAGCAGCCAGAACCUAAACCAAACUUAGAACUACAAGUAACUGAACUACAGCCAAUCAAAUUUAAGGAAGAAGUCGUGAAAAUGUCACACAAAGAGGUAUCGGUUUUAGAAAUUAAAAAAGCCGACUUUGAGAUUGAUGAAAGUUUGCAGUGCGACUUAGUACAGAAUCAGGUGAUUGAUCAGUUGAUGCUUAAAUUGAGUGUGGAAGCGCCAAAACCAAUACCAUUACCAACAUCAAGUGCCUCUUUAAAGAAAUUAAAGAAGCCACAGAUUGUGAAGGAUUACUUCGAGACCUUGAAGCCUCCUGAAAGCGCGUUGAUUGAGGUCGGGAAAGGAGACCAGGUCACGGUCUCGACGGCGACUGCUGAGAUAAGGAGUUACGAGGCCAGUGGUCUCCAUCGCGUGAAGGUACUCUUCUCUGGACCCAUGUCUUUUAUCAAAGAAAACGUAUUCGUGAUAACCAGUGUUCCCACGUUUUUUAUUGUUCUAUUAUGUCUGUACGGUAUUAUUGUAAUCAUAAUGAAACCUUGGUAAUUUCGGUGAGUGCA